AUGAAGGUUCUGUGGGCUGUGUUGGUGGUUUCCCUCCUGGCAGGAUGCCAGGCCGACGUGGAGGUGGAGCUGGAGCCCGAGAUGCUGUUUGCUCAUGAGCGGGCCGGGGAGCAGGGCAGCCAGCCCUGGGAGCUGGCACUGGGUCGCUUCUGGGACUACCUGCGCUGGGUGCAGACACUGUCUGAGGAGGUUCAGGAGGAGCUGCGCAGUGCCCAGAUCAUCCAGGAGCUGACGGUGCUGAUGGAGAAGACCAUGAAUGAAGUGUCUGCCUACAAACAAGAGCUGGAUGCCCAGCUGGGCCCGGUGGCAGAGGAGACGAAGGCACGCUUGUCCAAGGAGCUGCAGGCAGCGCAGGCGCGGCUGGGCGCCGACAUGCAGGACGUGCGCAACCGCCUGGCGCAGUACCGCAGCGAGCUGGAGGCCGUGCUGGGCCGGAACACCGAGGAGCUGCGCACGCGCUUCACCUUGCAUCUGCACAAGCUGCGCAAGCGGCUGCUGCGGGACGCUGAGGACCUGCAGAAGCGCCUGGCUGUGUAUCGCGCCGGGGCCCGCGAGGGCGCCGAGCGUGGUGUGGGUGCUAUCCGUGAGCGCGUGGUGCCACUGCUGGAGCGGGGCCGCGCGCGGUUUGCCACCAUGGGCCCCCUGGUCGGCCAGCCGCUGCAGGAUCGCGCCGAGGCCUGGGGCCAGCGGCUGCGCGGGCGGCUAGAGGAGGUGGGCGGCCGGGCCCGCGACCACCUGGAGGAGGUGCGCGAGCAGCUGGAGGAGGUGCGCGGCAAGGUGGAAGAGCAGGCCACCCAGAUACGCCUGCAGGCCGAGGCCUUCCAGGCCCGCCUCAAGAGCUGGUUCAAGCCCCUGGUGGAAGAUAUGCAGCGCCAGUGGGCUGGCCUGGUGGAGAAGGUGCAGGCGGCAGUGGGCACCAACACCACCCCUGUGUCCAGUGAGAAUCACUGA